CAUCCGUAACACGCCACUGGCGCGUAGUCAAAAAGUUAUGCGGUAGGGGGCACUCUCGUCGCAAGAUUUUGACAAUUAUGACAGCGGGCUCCUCACCCCUCUCCUUUUGACUUCUUCUCUAGUGAAUGUCAGCAAUGGUUUCGGGUACUCUCUACACAUAUCCCGAAAAUUGUCGUGCCUACAAGGCACUUAUCGCCGCUAAAUAUGCAUCUGCAAAUGUAAAAGUCGACACGAGCUUCGUCUUCGGCGAGACAAACAAAACCGAAGCGUUUUUACGCAAGUUCCCUUCUGGAAAGGUGCCUGCAUUUGAGUCGAGCGACGGGAAAUGUUUACAAAACGGGGACGCAAUCGCUUAUUACGUCGCCAAUGAACAGCUACGUGGCAAAACUGAUCUUGAAAAGGCGCAGAUACUUCAAUGGAUUUGCUUCGCCGAAAGCGAGAUCCUUCCAGCAUCUUGCGCUUGGGUCUUCCCCAUCUUGGGCAUUGUACAGUAUGACAAAAAGACUUUCGACCGAUCUAAGGAAGAUGUUAAGGCUGCCUUAGGGAUUUUAAACACACACUUGUUAACGCGCACAUAUUUGGUUGGAGAACGCAUUUCAUUGGCCGAUAUCACGGUCGCAUGUAAUUUAUUGCACUUAUACACUCACGUGCUCGAUCCCAACUUUAGAAAACCAUACGUAAAUGUCAACCGGUGGUUUACUACUAUGGUUAAUCAGCCCAAUUUCAAAGCCGUCGCUGGAGAAGUACACUUGUGUGCGAAGGUAGCGGAAGUCGAUCCGAAAAAAUAUCAACAACAGCCGGCAGCUGCUAAUGCUGACAAAAGUAGUAAGAAGAAGUGUAAAGGUAAAGAUAAGAAGGAGAAAAAGGAAGAAAAGAAAGAGAAGAAACCUGCACCUAAGAAAGAGAAAGAGCCAGAACCAGAAGAAGAAAUGGAUGCGGCAGAGGCGGCUUUGGCUGCUGAACCCAAAUCAAAGGACCCAUUCGACUCCAUGCCGAAAGGAACUUUCAAUAUGGAUGACUAUAAAAGAUGUUAUUCUAAUGAAGAUGAAACUAAAUCGAUUCCAUACUUCUGGGAGAAGUUUGAUCCCGCAAAUUAUUCCAUUUGGUAUGGAGAGUAUAAGUAUAACGAAGAGCUCACUAAAGUAUUCAUGAGUUGUAAUUUAAUUACAGGAAUGUUCCAAAGGUUAGAUAAGAUGCGAAAGCAAGCAUUUGCAUCAGUUUGCUUAUUCGGCACAGAUAAUGACAGCUCCAUAUCUGGUAUCUGGGUAUGGAGAGGUCAAGACUUAGCUUUCGAUCUUAGUCCCGACUGGCAAAUUGAUUACGAAACAUACGAUUGGAAGAAACUAGACCCGUCUUCCGAGGAAACUAAGAAAAUGGUAGAGCACUACUUUGCGUGGACCGGAACUGACAAACAAGGAAGAAAGUUCAAUCAAGGAAAAAUAUUUAAAUAAAAGUACUUCAGCUAUAAAUGUGUCACCUACAUACAUGUUUUUUUUUUGUUAAACCAUUUAUUAUAAUGUAUUUGCGUUUAUGUUUGUUAUUUUUGGAUUGUGUACCAAGUAAAUUUCUAGCAUUUUAAAUACAGUUUAUUGGUGACAUUUCUUUGUGCUUUAAUAUUUUUAAAUAUACAGAACUGAUA